CCAACUUGUCUUCACCCUUCAUCAUCACCGUUCACAUUCCACGAGAGCCUUCGCCAGCGCACGCCCCGCAGGCGCGGCUAUUAUAUACUUCAGCCUCUUCCUCUGGAGAAUCCCUCGAGCUUCCCCGAACUUGUUCUAUCGCCAUUAUCAGCCGCCGGAUCGGUUCUGGACGGCUCCCUACAACUUGGCCCCACAAGCUCCCUCUGAGCCCUUCUAUCCGCGCUUCCCGUCCUUAAAGAACGUCUUACACAAUCCCCACCACGAUGCACCGUCGUCCUAACCCCAUGUCCUACGCCAACCGCCAGUCCACGGCCCUCCGCGCGUCCGUCUACGAUGCGUUCGCGGAGCUCGGUGGUCUCGACUCGAACAGCAAGGUCGCCCAGUGGAUGUUCUCCAAUCCAGGCGAAGCGGUCGCCGAGGAGGACGAAGAGAGCGAGAGCGAUGCGAACGGGACGCUGCGCCGCCGCCACAACCAGCACCCCUCCCGCGUCGUCUCCUUCCCCGACGGCGUGGCGAACGGCAGCGGCAGCAGCUCGCGGCCCAUGACCGCCCCCGAGCCCUCGUCCUCGUCUUCGGGCGCGGCGUCCCCCACCUCGCGCGGCCUGCGCAGCUUCCUCUCCAUCCGCUUCCUCACGCGGCGCAAGACGCGCAAGCAGCCCGGGCUCGCGCGCAGCCGGUCCGCGGCCGCCCCGCGCUCGCGCGACGACCACGACCUGCCGAGCGGCACGCCGAGGCGCGCGGCGAUGGGCGAGCGGUCCAAGUCGGCGGUCGACGUGCGUGCGGCGUCGCCCAGUGCGAUGUCGAGCCGGGGGCCGAGCACGGACGACGAGCGGGUGCCGCGGCUGGUGCAGGAUAAGAGCCGGGACUCGUCAGAGGACUCGGUACUGGCGACGCCGAUGUCCCCGCUACGACACGUACGCAAUGACACACUGGCGUCGUGGGAUGCGGUCAAUCGAUACUCGGUGACGCUGGAGGAUAUGCAGAAGCGGAACCCGUUUUUGCACGGCUCGAGGCUGGCAGAAAUGCUAUAGUCGUCUUUCCUGCUCGGAACUUCACACUCGCCGUGCUCCCCGUCCAUCCCUCUUGACGUGCACUGUGAUCGAUUCGUCGCCACGUAUCCUUUUCGGCACCCAUUUGCACCUCGCAUCAUCGACUGCACAUUGGAACGCCGGCGCCCUCGAUGGCUUGUUUCAGCGGCAUACCAAGUUCAUCGUCCAAAUACCAAAGCAACUCAUGAACCCUAACGAUCUUUCCUGUGCUAUUGGAUUUCCUCCUCUCCUCCUCUAGACCAUUUUCUAUCCUUAUCAAUUCGUUCUCCUACUUCCUUUGUUCAUGCUCCCCUUUGUUCUGGCAUUCGGUCUGCUGGUUCUGGAUCUCAGGGAACUUUGCUCGUAUGGAAUUCCUCUUCUUUUUCUCCUCGUAUCUUCUUUGUUCCUCGUAACAUACCAUACAUUCCUUGCUUAUGCCAAUGGGGUCGGGACUCUGGCUGGUUUACUGCGCUUGCGUCGUCAUAUGCGCCUCUUCUGCUACUAGACAAUUAUUGCUAAGUAUAUAUUGCUGUGCGCCUUCUUGGAUCCCUUUCCAUCCAUGUACCACCCUCCUUCUGGUGCUCCUUUGGUACCACUUCUUGGUAUCCCUCUAGUACUGUACUAUCGCCUGGUACCGGAUACGUAGGCCUUGUAGGCGGGCGCAGCCCAUGUAGAAUGAGACGUGUUACAACUCGUGGUGACUGAUACCUGGCGAGUCUGGGUCCGCUUAGAAAGCUCCUGGAGAUGGUGGCAAUGCUUCA